UCAGUAUCCGGGGUGCUCAGGAGCAGGAUCCUCCAGACCCCCAGCUCAUGAGGCUGGACAACAUGCUGCUGGCUGAGGGCGUGUCCGGGCCAGAGAAAGGUGGUGGAUCUGCGGCCGCCGCCGCAGCAGCCGCUGCAGCGGGGGGCGGAGCCGAGAACUCCAUUGAACACUCGGACUACAGGGCCAAGCUGACGCAAAUCAGACAGAUUUACCACACAGAGCUGGAGAAAUAUGAGCAGGCGUGUAAUGAGUUCACCACCCACGUGAUGAACCUGCUGAGGGAGCAGAGUCGCACGCGGCCCAUCUCUCCCAAGGAGAUCGAGCGCAUGGUGGGGAUCAUCCACCGCAAGUUCAGCUCCAUCCAGAUGCAGCUCAAACAGAGCACCUGUGAGGCCGUCAUGAUCCUACGCUCCAGGUUCCUCGACGCCAGACGGAAAAGGAGAAACUUCAGCAAGCAGGCCACGGAGAUCCUGAAUGAGUACUUCUACUCACACCUCAGCAACCCUUACCCGAGCGAGGAGGCCAAGGAGGAACUAGCAAAAAAGUGCAGCAUCACUGUGUCCCAGGUGUCCAAUUGGUUCGGCAACAAGAGGAUCCGGUACAAGAAGAACAUCGGCAAGUUCCAGGAGGAGGCUAACCUCUAUGCAGCCAAGACAGCGGUGACGGCAACCCACGCUGUGGCAGCAGCCAUCCACAACAGCCAGGCCAACUCACCCACCACGCCCAACUCUGGCUUCCAGAUGAAAGAUGAGGAAUUUCAACUGGACUCUGCUGAGAGCAAAAACUCCCUUUUAAGCAACAUGUUCACCACCGGUUCCUCUGCCUCUUUUAGCCUCCCUAACUCUGGGGACAUGUUCAUGAGCAUGCAGAGUCUGAAUGGGGCCUCUUACCAGGGGGCUCAAGUCGGAGCUAAUGUGCAGUCACAGGGGGAUACCAUACGCCAUGCUAUCAGUCAGACGGUCGGAUACAAUGAUGGGCUACGGCAUCCCAUGUACAGUCCUCACAGUCUAAAUGGUAACGGGGGAUGGCACGGUGCACCUACUCCCUCCUCAGUGACGUCCCCAAACGAAGGGCCAGGCAGUGUGCACUCUGAUACCUCAAACUGACCACUUCACUGAUCGUCUCUUUUCCACCUAAUAUGCUACCGUGUCCUCGACCAAUGUGACUGAACCAAACAGAGGCCAAACAGAACCAAUCACCUCCCUCGACUGAGUCUAACCCCUCCCCCCUCCACUCCAGACAAUGUCGGCCAUUUUGUAAAAUCCCAUCCAAUAACCUUCACAGUCAAGACUGAUAUGAUUGGAUACAGCUUUUAGCAACAUUUUCUGAAUAUAAAUAUAUAUUAACUGACAGACUGACGAGUUGGGGUUCUGAAUGGGAAGUCGAGAGAAGAUAACAGUAGAUUUAUUCAAGUAAAAAAACUGAAGACCGUGCAUCUCUCUCAACCCUCCAGAUCUACUCGUAUGACCCCUUUUUGUUCUCUAUUUGGCCAACUAAGACUGAAGGCAACAUACAUGUGGUCCAAUGGAUUUUCUUCUGACAGUAUCACUAUACAACUGUUGUGGGGACAGCGGAAUCCUUCGAAGUUGCAGGUGUCCAACUGACGGGAGGUUAGCUUUCUGCAACGCUUCAAUGGACUUGAUGGCUGCACCUCCUAUAGUGGACUCUUUUGUUUUUCUGAUACUAACAUCCCGGAUUUAAACAUUGUUUUGGGGAUUGACACGAUGAAGGACAUUUAAAACGGCAGCUUUUUUUUGUUGUUGUUGUUGUUGUCAUGCUCUAAUUCUCCAACGCGAGUCCUCUUGCUGAACAUGAAUUUCUACACCUUUCAUUGGACACUGUGCAUUCUGUUCGAAUGGAUACAUUCAGUCGUUUGAUAGUAUUCACUCCGAUACUGUCCCAAA